GAUUGAAUAAUUGCUGCCUUAUUCUAGUUGACGCCUUUGAUUUCCCCCUAAUCACAGCCAUCGUGAAAUCAUCAGCACCUCUGGCUGUUCUGCAGGUGCAAGGUUUUGUAAUCUCUGGAACUUAAACAGGUUUGGAUCGAAGCGUGUAAUUCCAAGGUAACAUGUUUAAAUCCAAGAAGCUCAAGCGCCAAGCAACUAUUGUGAUCGAGCAUAAACUGGCCGAAACCAAAAGACUGGAAGAGGAUUCUGAUAGGGAAAAAAACUGGAAGCGAUGGGGCCCCUAUCUGUCAGAGAGGCAAUGGGGAACAGUGAGGGAAGAUUAUUCAUUCGAUGGAGCUUGGUAAGAGUUCAUUCGAUCGAUGUUAAGAUGAUAUACAAGUAAUCAUGAGGUUAAGUAAGCGCGGUCUUUAUACCUGACAAGAAUGCAAGACUGUGAAAACAUUUGUUGUUUGUGCUUUGUGUAAUUGCGUUACGUAACAAAUCCAUUUCAACCUGGUUUUUGAUAUGUAAAGCUUUGCAUUCUCAUAAUCGUGGUGGUAAUAUUUUUUAUUGAAUGGAGAGCUUUGUACCCGCGUAAUUGUGAUGGUAAUAUUUUUUGUAAACAACCGUAAAUUUGCAUUGUUUAUUUUUAAACAAAAUUCUUGGCCGCCGUUCAACAACGAUUUAGGGAGAAAGGAAAAAUUAUUCGUUUGCUUUGUUUCACAUUUGUGACGAUUGUGACAACCGGUAUAUUAAAAAUACUUUUACUUACGUGUCACUUUCGUUUUUACCUAAAUGCUGGCUGACCAUCUUUCAUGUGCUGGUUGAACGCACCAGCACUGAACCAAAAAAGACAGACAAUUUAAAGAACCCAUUUUUGUCUGGGAGUCAGUUCAAUUUUUGAGCUUUGUGGAUGUUUUCCAGUUAGAACUUAUGAAAAAUUUAUUUUCCUUUCGGGCAAAUUUUUCCCUAAAAAUAUCUGUUGUGUUCCAACCAACACCACUAUAUUGCCUGUCAUCUUUGUUUAUUGCUUUGUAAUAAAAAAUUUUAAGGUAUGAAGGAAGUUUGAAACUAAUUGGUAAAGUUAAGUUAGUUCAUAAAAGGGAAAACAGGUAACAAGCAUAUUUUUGAGUUUUUGUUUUUGAGCAAAAAAAUGUUGUUUUUACAGCUGGGACUACUUUUCUCAUGACCAUGCACGAUCUCGAGUCUAUCGCUGGGGUGAAGAUGGCCUCCUUGGAAUAACUGACAGACAAUGUAGACUGUGUUUUGGUUUGGCUCUCUGGAAUGAAAGGGAUCCUAUUCUCAAAGAAAGGCUUUUUGGCUUGACAGGAACUGAAGGUUAGUUGAACACUGGACCUAUAAUUCAUGAAUUCAAGGUGUUGCAAAAAUUUAUUUUGAUAAUAACUUAAGGCACCCUUAUAGGGAUCAGACAGCAUCAGUCAAUGGCAUACAGCUUGGUGUUUCUGCACUUGUACAUGUAGCUCAAUAAUUCAGUGUUAGUAUAGGUAAUCACAUGAUUCAAGUGCAAUUUGGAAUAAAUAAGCACGAGUAAAUUUUUUCAAAGACUAAGAAAAUUGCACAAGCCAGUAGGGUGAGUGCAGUUUGUGGUAUUUGAAAAAAUUUACAAGUGCUUAUCAAUUCCAAAUUGCUUGAGAAAAAUCAUGUGAUUACACAUUAAUAAUAUACAUUAAAAAAUAUGAGAUAGCUUACCAUAAUUAUGCAGAAGCAAAGUGUGCACAUCAAGUGCAAAAAUAGUUUAUUCAAACCCUGCAAGUGACAUUGUGUGUUUGGUCAAAACAACCAUGUACAAUCAAAACAAUAAUAUGCAAUGAUAUUUUCACAUCUGUAAGGCACAAAAAACUUCAAAGUCCAGCUAAAAACUUCAAAGUCCAGCUAAAAAGUUCAAAGUCCAGCCAAAAAGUUCGAGAAACUGUUCAGUCUGGUUUGUUACUUCUUCACACUGAAUUGACCCUUUUCUGCUUUGAAUUACCUGAAAACUGCAUUUAUCUUAACCAAUCAGAACUGAGAAUUUUUUUCUUGUAUCCUAUUAGAAUGAUAAUGUACAUGAAGAAAUUAUGUGCUUCUGAUUGGCUGAAAAUGAAUGCAUUCUCAUGUAACACAAGUGCAAAAUUGUCACACAAGUGCAAAUUACAAGUAGCAUGGGUACACUUUCAAAAUUUCAUCUGUCAUGACUCUCUGUGCUGUUUUUCCGUGUACAAUAUUAACAAGUAAUAACACAAUUUCUCUUGCAAUUUGUUGUACAAAAACACUUGUAAAUUUCUCAAAGACUAUAAAUUGCACUUGCUCUACAGGCUCAAGCAAUUUUGUUGUCCUUAAAAAAUUUACCCAUGCUUACAGACACCAAAUUACACUCAAAAUCACAUUAUUACCUUUAAUAAUGUGAAUAGGAACAGCACCAUUUAAGAAUGGUGCUUACUGAAAAGUUUUCUUUUUUGCAAAAAGUGAUAACAAGGAAAUGUUAAAGGUAGAACACAUAACAUAUUUAAAACUGCAAUCCUUUGGGUUGACUUGCAAUCUGCACUGGCUGGCUCUUUGUUUCAAGAAAUCUCACAAUGGCUGUCCCUUUCAUGAUCCAAGAUCACAAAUCAGAUGUAAAAGAAGAAAGCUAUCAAAAAAUGGUGCGUUGGACUGAAAACCUUGUUUCUGGAAGAAAUUAAGUUUCCAACACUGUUCAAGACAGAGUUGUACCCUAUACAUGAGUUAGUCAUUUUCCUUAAUCAAGCAUCUGUUUCCUAAAUGUGGCAUUUAUUUUAGGGUGUCACUCGUUAACCCAUUGUCUCCCUGAGAGUGACAAGCAUUUAAUUUCCUCUCACAAUAUUACCCAUGAAUCAUGCAUUAAGGUCACUAGAAAAAAGGAAGUAAUCACCAACUAAAAAAGCUCUUGAUUGUUAAACAAAUUCUCCUCGUCAGCGCCUUAGGAAAUGUAUGGAGGAUUGUAUAAGGAGUUAGGCUGUAAAUGGUUAAUAUCUUUGCUCUCACAUGCUGUACUUAUUUUGGGGCAGGGCGUGAUAAAGUAAAUAAGGUCAUACACUGAUGAACUGAUCUUAUGUUAUGCAUAUUUGCCAGGUAACCAUGGGGAAGAUGUGAAGGAGUGCUAUUACUAUCUUGACUCCACUCCAACUCAUUCCUACAUGAAGGCUUUGUAUAAAUACCCUCAGAAUGAAUAUCCCUAUGGCUGGAUCGUUCAUGAAAAUCAAAACAGAUCACGGCAAGAACCUGAGUUUGAACUCACUGAUACCGGUAAGGGAAUGACAAUCUGAAACAGUGAAGUAAUAAUUUGAGGAGUCUUGUUUCAAAUUCCAAUGUUUUCAAUUUGCAUUGUCGUGCUCCAUGGAAUUGCCUCUGAAUGUUUUAUGUCCACUUAUUAUUUCAACGAUUUGGCUUGUUUUUUUUCAUCCUUCACUCAGGCCAUAUUUGAUCAGUACUAUGCUCAGAUAGACUCUACAUGCAUUGAAAAGGCUAGAAGCCAAAAUACCAGAAAAUGAAAUGACAGUGGAGACAUAAAUCCCUCAUUCAUUGGUUUAACAUAUAAUUCAAUUUCACAUUUUACUCAUUGCUUGUAUUUUUUCCUCAUCCCUAAGGGGCUUGGUAAAAUACUAUGUAACUCACAAAAUAUCUGUUCAUCUUUUGUGAAACCAUCAAAUAAAAUGAAUGAAUCUAAUCAAAUGAAAAUGAUACCUCAGUAUUGGUAGAUGUCACUGGGUGGAUCAAAAGGUACCUGCUAUAUGCUGAAGUAUCAGUUGAACCUUACAGGUGUUUUGCUUUCUAAUUAAAUCACAAUCUUGGUUUAUUUGCAGUACUGAACUACAUUAUUUGGGCUGUUGAAAUAUCAAUCUAAAUGUCUUGUCUUCUUAUAAGACAGUAGCUUGAUCUGAUUUGAAUAUGUGUCUAAUUUCUUCAAGGUGUAUUUAAUGAAAGUCGGUACUGGGAUAUUACUGCAGAAUAUGCAAAGAACACACCCAAUGACAUCCUCAUCAAAAUAACUGUAGCAAACCGAGGUCCAGACACAGCACGAAUUCACAUUUUACCAACAUUGUGGUUCAGGAACACAUGGAUCUGGGGUUGCAAACAUGAAGGAUGCACUCGCAAGGCAAAUAUGAAACAAACUGCUCCCAACACAGUGACAUGCUCUCAUGAAACCUUGGGAAAGUACACAUUUGUUUUUGAUGUGAAUUCUGAAAGUGAGAUUCCAGAAUUGCUCUUCACUGAGAAUGAAACAAACACAGCGGUAUGUUAACCAAUUUAUUUCAGACUGGGCCAAUUGUUACUUGGGUAUAAGCUCGAUGUUAGAGCAAGGUAGAGGGAUUUUCAUAAAAAUUUAAACCCUAAAUGAGUUUCAAAUAAGCAAGAACAGAAGACGAUUCAUUCAGAGGGCACCCCUAUGACCUUAAGAAGUGUUCCCUGAAUACAGGUUUCCUAACAGGUUGAAACUUAAAAAGGUACAAAAGUUACUAGAGUAUUUUAGCACUCUGGAGCAAAUUUGGGUCCUUUGAAUUGAGGUGUCUCCUGGAUUGAAAAUCUUGAUCAAUUAGAAACUCGUAUUGGACUUCAAAGGUUUCAUGUCAAGAGUAGGGCUAUCCUCAAAGUCUACCGAAUCACUUUACGUACAAUUUCCAUGAUCUACAACUCCCAGCUUAAUUGUGCCCCUUAUUAAUUGGAUGGAUCAUUUAAGGAAGUAGGCAGCACUAGCUCUUCUUGGUCAAGUCUUUGAUGUUACUUGGCCCAUAACUGUGGGAGCUCAUUUCCAGUUUCUUGGGCAUGAAGAGACAAGAAGUAUGUUACUCUUCUGCGAUGGAAUGCUACUCGAUCUCAAGUAACCCCAACCCCCUCCUCCCCAAACAUUUUGUCAGGCUUCUUGGACAUCCUGCUGGUGCCCAUUUAUACUCCUGGGUGGAGAGGGGUACAGUGAGAAAAAAGUGUCUUGCCCAAGAAAAUAAUACGAGGACCUAACCAAGGUUCACACCCAGACGGCAUGAUCCAUAGAGCAGUGCGUAAAUCACUAAGGCACUUAAACAACCAGUGGUGAAUAAUAAAAAUAAAUGUUCGAAAUGGAUUAACGUGAACCCUUUGAUUUUCCAUCGUGAAUUUUUCAAGUAAAUGCGUAAGCACCUCAGGUCUGUUCAGUGCUGUUUGAUUUAUCAGAUGGAAUGACUGACUUACUCUUUUCAUCCUGUUUGUAGCGUCUGUUUAAUUUAGAAAACUAUACAACCUUCACAAAGGACGCCUUUCACCGUUACAUCAUUAAUGGCGAAAAAGAUGCAGUAAACGCAAAGAAAAAAGGCACAAAAGUGGCUCCUUAUUACGUUCUUGUUGUUCCUGCCGACGAGGAACGUGUCUUAAGGUGCCGCCUGAUGGCUGACGACGAGAUUGUAUCAGAUCCAUUUGCUGAGAGGAAUUUUGGAGCCGUGAUGCAGAAACGAAUCAAAGAAGCAGACGAGUUCUAUAAUAUCGCAAUACCUGGUGAGUUUUUUUCUAGGCGGAGGUAAAAUAAAUUUUGGUUGUGUGAAGAUAAGCAACUUGCCAAUGGGCCAGUUCGGGGCGGGGGUGGGCGUGGGGGUGGGCGUGGGGGGGGGAAGUUUGUGAGAGAAUAUCUAAAGUAGGUACAAGUCAUGAUGCUGAAAUUCUGAUCGGAACCUUGAGCAACUCUGAUAUUCUAGGUGGUUCUUUUUUAGACCAUUUUUUCGGAAAUCCUCGAUUGACAAUUAUGAAAUAAUUUGCUAUAAUUAGUUAGUUGGUUAUAAUCUUAUUGCACAGUAAGCUUAAGAAAGUCCCACUCAGUUUAGCAAACAAAACCCACCUCCAUCGUGGUACACACAUGCAGGCUUUUCAUCCUUACCCUCUGAAAAAUUGUCAUUCAUUAGAUGGCUUAACUGACGAGGAAACCCAAGUUUCUCGACAGUCGUACGCUGGUCUGCUGUGGAGCAAACAGUUUUACCAUUACAUAAUUCAAGACUGGUUAAAAGGAGACCCGGAGACGCCGGCUCCACCGAGGGACAGACUCAAAGGAAGGAACUCAGAGGCAGAAUGGGCCCAGCUAUUCAACAGAGAUGUUGUUUCCAUGCCAGACAAGUGGGAGUAUCCAUGGGUGAGUCGAACAAUUAUCAACGUUUUUUUUUCCAAUUUAAGGUGGCACUAUGAGAUCAUGACACCAUCGUUGGAGACCAGAAGAUAACUGAUCGGGCCAGGUUGAUUCAAGACAGGAAGGGAAGGGACAAAGUUACAUUAGAAUUGGGUGAAAAUCGGUGCGACAAUUUCGGCUUCACCGUUUCCCGACUCAAUUUUUUCCCUACGUUUGAAACACUGCUCUGAUCUCAGGAAGUGUCGAUGAACGAGGGUGUGCUCCUUCCAAAAAUCUGGAUGUGGUUGUUAAGAAAUCGGUUUCCAUGCUUUUAUCGUCCUCUUAACAUGGUUUUAUAUUGCGUACAUUGCGUUUUGAUUCGCUUACAGGACAUAGGUUAUGGGCCCUGAGUCAGUCUCUUACAGUGACUCGUAAAAAAAAAAAACCGACUUCAUCAAACUAAGACUAUGUGAAACACGUUCCCUUAAUCAAACCAAGCCACUAGUUUCCAGAUCUUUAAAUGUGACUGUUAUUAGUGACUAACCGUUUCUUCGAACAACUCUUUUUUUUUAAGUAUGCCACAUGGGACCUAGCAUUCCACAUGCUGGCGUUCAGCAAAAUCGAUCCACAGUUUGCCAAAGACCAGUUACUUUUGUUCCUCCGGGAGUGGUACAUGGCCCCCAACGGUCAGCUCCCAGCCUAUGAGUUUGCCCUGGGGGAUGUGAACCCCCCGGUUCAUGCACUUGCAUGCCUCAUGGUCUACAAGAUGACGGGCCGUAAAGGAGCAAGGGACGACGAAUUUUUAGCCCGAUGUUUCCAGAAACUGCUCAUAAACUUCACGUGGUAAGAGAACGUUACAUUUAACUAGUUGCACUCUUAAAAAUCAUCGAAUGUAGAGAGAAAAUUCAUUCCGUGCGAAGAGAGCAUCUGCACUUGUCAACUUUGUUUAAUAAGUUAAAGUUUACACGGUUGUAAGACGAAGAGUGCAGCACUUCUCCUGAUCAGAGAAUUUUUCUAUUCCUUACUUGUUAACAGGUGGGUGAACAGAAAGGAUCCCUCAGGAAAGAACAUAUUUGGUGGUGGUUUCCUUGGACUUGAUAACAUUGGUGAGCAAUCUUGAGUAAUGCGAACUCUUGAAUGCGUUCCAAGCACGGCUAACUGUCAAUCCACUUUGUUAAUACUUUCCAUUCCUGUAAAUGGUAGUAUUGAAAAUGUAUGUCACAUCUGUUAUUAUCACAUCAUUGGAAGUUAGGAAAAUCUUCGCUCUUUCCACCUUGUUAUUAAUGGAUAUUAAUGUCUUGCAAUUUCUUUUUAAGGAAUAUUUGAUCGGUCAAAGGAUUUGCCUAUUCACGCAAAUCUCUUGCAGGUACAGUUGUUUUUCUUUUUGUCAUUUCUUUCAUUCAGGCCUUCUCCUGUCUUAGUAAGCGAGAAUGUCGAUGUAAAAUGACGCUCUGAAGUCUCUCAUAUUUGCUUCGCCUAGGAAAAACAAUGUUGACGUAACAGUGGCAAUUUAAUUUACAGUUGCGUCCUUUUAAACUUUCAUGGACGAUUCUGGUGACUUUCUGUUUCUUAUCCUCUCCUUAGGCUGACGGCACCGCGUGGAUGGCUUUCUACUGUGUUAUAAUGUUGAACAUCGCUCUGGAUCUCUCAAUGAAAGACGACACCUAUGAAGACAUGGCGUCUAAGUUUUUCGAGCACUUUACGCAAAUUUCAGACGCCAUAAAUGAAAUGUCUGACGGUGUUGGUUUAUGGGAUCCGGUCGAUGGAUUUUAUUACGAUCAUCUCAAUACCGAGACGUGUUCUUUACCAUUGCGCGUGCGCAGCAUGGUCGGCCUUGUUCCUUUGAUGGCAUGCCUUGUGCUUGAUGACGAAUACAUGGAAAAACUUCCUGGAUUUAGAAAACGACUCGAGUGGUUCAUGAAGAACCGACCAGACCUUGCUUCUCAGGUUAGUGACCUGCUAGACACUGAGUAGUGAAUCAGUGCUCCAGGAAAGAAGAAGAAAACAUCGGUGUCCACACACUUGUUCUGUUUUUACUAUAUGAAAAGAAAGGUAAAAUCGAGUAACCUAUCGUGAUACCCCUUUUUGAGCGAGACUCAUUUUUUCAUCCGCGGUCGGAAGAGGACAGAAAACCAAAGUGGUGCAAAAUUUCGCGUUGUAUGUUGUGCAGUGCUCGGCAACUUCAGGGUCUUGAAAACCUUGUCGCACUUUUCUUUUUGUAGGUGUCGUACAUGGAUGGGGAUGGCGAGAGCCAAUAUCACCAUUUACUUGCUAUACCCACCAAGGAUCAGCUGCACCGUGUACUCAGCUACAUGUUAGACGAAGAUGAAUUCCUGUCCCCUUUUGGUAUCCGUUCCCUGUCCAAGUUUCACGAGAAGAACCCAUUUAAAUUAGAACUAAGCGGUGAAGUUUACAGCGUGCAGUAUGUGCCAGGAGAAUCGGACACAUUCAUGUUUGGUGGGAACAGCAACUGGCGAGGACCCAUCUGGGUUUGCAGUAAGUACUGAGUAAACUUAUGCCCAACUCCACUCUAGUGAGAUUGGUCAAAUGGGCCUAUCAACGGGAAAGUUACUAAUAGGUCGUUUAAGGCGAUCCUCAGCAAUGCACUGCAUCCCGCUCGGCGCAUUUUCGCGCCUUGCUGCCUAAAAUCAGUCACAGCUUUUCUUUCUAAGUAAUUGCCUUAAAUCUCCGAGUGCCAAUCGUCAAGCGUGCACGGUGGAUCUCGUAGAUCGCUCACUUUCAGUAAACGUUUGCAUAAUUUUCCAUGGCUUCUAGUCCCUGAAAAGACAGGGCAAGUUAACUCUCCAAGUUAGCGCGAUUUAUGCGAAUCAAUGUUUUAUUGAACGCAAAAAUUCAAACUCAAAGAGCACUCAGUCAGGUGGUAGACCACUUCCAUUCUACGCACAACUUCUAACGACGUUAUUGUGCCGAAGAAGAGAGUACACUUCUGAUUUUCUUCCCUGGUACAAUUUUCCUUGUUUUUCAGUGAACUAUCUUCUAAUUGAGGCUCUGGAACGCUACGACUAUUUCUAUGGUGACAAAUUCAUGAUUGAAUGCCCCACCCGGUCGGGAAACUUGAUGCGCUUACGUGACGUAGCCCUUGAGCUCUGUCGACGUGUUGUGUCUCUGUUUUUGCCAAAUGAACAAGGACGGCGGCCGUGUCAUGGUGAAGAUGACAGGUACACCUAUGAUGUGUUUUGGAAUAAUUUGGUGCUGUUUUACGAGUACUUUCAUCCUGAGACGGGACGAGGAUGCGGAGCUAGGUAAGUCGUGAAAUUAAGGGUAUUGUGUUAAGAUGCCCAGACUGAGAAGGCUAGUUCUACCCUGGCUCAUAAAUUUCACGUUCGUUCGUGGAGCUGCCAAACUAGAUCAUUCUUCCAAGAAAGCUUAGCAGACUGAAGGGGUACAGGUUUGUGCCCUCGUUUGACUUUUUUACUCGCUAAGUAGGACAGAACUCGACAAUUAUGGCACAAGGUCGGGAGUAUUCACGCCAACUCUGUAUCAGUCGACUCUCGUCAAACGUCAUGUUAACUUUAUUUAUGAGUUAUCUCUUUGUUGGAAGACAGAUUGACUCAAGAAACUGGUUUCCUCCUUAUAUUUCCCAACUUAAGACUUUUUUAUAUACCACUCCUGUCCAUGUUCUGUUGAUUGAAACGUUACAUUGCGUUCUUCACAGCCAUCAAACAGGAUGGACAGCUCUGGUUAGUCGAUUGUUGGAGAAGCUGGCCAAAAACCGUUAAAGCAUGUAACUCACAUUUUGCUACGUCGAAAAGAAGCAAAGAAUAUCUUCUAUGUAUCUGUUCGUCCGUUUGCCAUGAGUUUAAGUAAAGCCCCUUUAGUGGACACUGCACAGAUUUAGACUAAAUAGUUUUGAUAGGAUUUAAACAUAACCAUACUUUUAUCCUACUAAAUUUUAACAUCAACUUAAACACGCACUUGUCCGACAAGUUGUAUCUUUUUACACAUCGUAAUUUUAAAGCACGUUGUCCAAAAAAUUGUUUUUUUGCGUGUGAAAGGAGAAUUUUCUUCGUAGGUGUACUGUUUGUAUAAAUUCCGGUAUUUUCUAAUAAAAAUGUAACAGACCGGAAUAUCUGGCUUGAGAAUUUAGAAGACGUUUUAAAAUGAAAAAUAGAAAAAGAAAAGAAUGAUGACGCAGAGAAAAUAAUUUCUUUGUUACGGUUUGCUAGGUUGUCAAUUGAAAUUUAAGGAUAAGAACUAGGUAGAAUUUUUUUAAUGGUUUUAUUUAUGUUAUAAGGCGUAAAAGUAUUUACGUUUUGUUAUAUAGGUAUGGUGCAGUUGAGGCAUAUUUCUCGAGUCUCUUUUUGUUUUUUUUUUGUAAUAUUAAAAAAUCCUAGCCACAAGAGAUGUCAUAUUUUUAAACAGGCAUAUGUUUCUAUUAAAGAAA